AUGGAUCCUGGACAAUUUUCCCUGUUAGACUACAUUUUCUUUGUGAUCGUGAUUGUUGUGUCUUCUAGCAUUGGACUCUACUAUGCCAUCAAGCUCCGGAAGACCGUAACAACGGUGGAUGAUUACCUACUUGGUGGAAGAAAUAUGCGCCUGUUACCUGUUGCCUGCUCCCUUGCUGCUACUUCCCUCACAGCUAUGGCAAGUGUUGGUAUAAUUGCCGAAAUCUACGCCUACGGGACGUACGUGUGGAUAGUUUCGUACGGAGUCGUUGUAAUGGGAAUUUUCUUGUCAUGGAUAUUUCUGCCAAUCUUUUCUGAACUCAAAUUAACUUCAGUCUUCAAGUAUUUUGAACUGAGAUUUAACCGGAGAGUUAGACUCCUUGCAAGUGGAUUGUUUCUCCUGAGUGGCCUUAUGUACCUGUCCGUUACAGUCUACGUUCCUGCUCUAACCUUUCAACGGGUUACAGGCAUUAACACCUACGUUACAAUCAUAGUUCUUUCGUUGAUCUGUGCUAUCUAUACGGCUAUUGGAGGAUUGAGAGCUGUUAUAUGGACUGAUGUUGUACAACUUGUCUUCAUGUUCAGUUCAAUUGUAGUCAUAAUUUUUGUUGGAGUAAACUCUGCAAACGGAUUUGAUAACGUCAUUGAUGCAGCCCGUCAAGGGGGACGACUGUACUUUGUCAACUACAAAUCGAUCAAUGCAAGAUCAUCAAUUUGGAGCCAUGCCUUCUCCACAGUUUUCCUAAUGAUCUACCAAUACGGUCUGAGUCAAACAAAUAUCCAGAGAUUCAUGUCUUUUCCGAAUCUCAGGAAGAUGCGCAUAUCAGUUUGGAUACUUGUUGCUGUAUUUAGUUUUUAUAACUUCCUCAUUGUAAUUUUGGGUAUUGUUCUGUAUGCCAAUUACGAGUCCUGUGACCCAUACCGAGCAGGCUUCAUCAAGAGAAUUGAUCACAUCUUGCCGCACUUUAUUCAGGAAAAAGCUUCUCUUUUUCUUGGCUUCAAUGGAAUCUUCAUUGCGGGAAUCUUCUCUGCCAGCCUGUCCACGACGUCUUCCUACCUGAAUGCUAUGAGCGGGAUCAUCUAUGAAGACUUUAUAAGUCCGUUGUAUCCAAGGAUGAAAGAAAACAUGGCAGGGAGGAUUAUGAAGACAACAGUCUUUAUUCUUGCUGUACUCCAGAUUGGUUUGGUAUUCUUCAUCGAAAGAAUGGGUUCCAUAGCGCAGAUUGUAUCGCAGUGCAUGAGUCUCAACGCCUGUACUAUGAUUACCCUCUUCACACUUGGAGUAUUCAUUCCGAAAGCAAAUAGCAAGGUUCCUUUUUAUUAG